AUGUACAGCACAAUGGCAACCCCUAACCAAUUGAUCAAGUUCCAAAUUUGUAUUCACAAGAAAGAUGGCAUACCUCAUGAGGAAUUCGUGAAGUGGUGCACCCAGGUUUAUCCUCCUCGUGCAAUUCCUCUAAUGAAGAAACACAACAUGGUGAAAUGGACCGAGACAAUCAUCCAACCGGAUGCCGUUGAGGGCCUACGUCAUACUCUCAAGAACGAAAUGAACCGGCCAAAGUGGACAGUGCCGGAGUAUUCCAUCAUCAUGUCCUACUGGCUUCGAAGUAUGGAUGACUUGACGGCAUUGACUACCGAUCCAGAGUGGUUUGAGCUAGAAAAGGAAGCACAGAAGAUCUCCAAUCCGGAAUUUGGCCAUAUAGCUAUUGGCCAUGAAAUAACAUUCAUCGAUGAGGAAGGCAGAUCAGAAAAGUAG